UUAUUAACUUGGAGGCAUCCCAUGUUCAAAUCCUUAUCAUCCAUUCAUCCUCACAAUUUUAGAUUUUAGUGCUGGUUCAUGUGAAUUUUAGUUUUAGAGUUGGUUAAUCUUAUCAACCAUGAUUAUAGUUAUUAAAUUUAGCUUAAAUUAGUGUGAAAUUGAUCGAAUUUUACCCAGUUAACCCCUUUUUUUUCUUUUUUUUUCCAAAACAAUUUUGAUUUAAUAGGCGCCGUCCACUUUCACAAGCCAUUUCUUCCCCUCAUUUGUUAAUAAAGAAAUAAUCACUCCCUCUUCAUAUUUGAUGCCUCCUAAACCCCGGUCGCUGUCCAUUUGUUACCGUUUCUUUUGUUACCCUAACUUCUCCGCCAGAACACCCAUUAACGGUUAUUCGGAAGCAAACGCAACCAUCUACCUUCAGAACCGUUAUGUUCAUACCGGCAACCUGUUCGAUGAAUUGCCUCACAGAGACCUCUACUCCCUCAACUCUCAACUCGCCUCCUAUUCUCGCGAUGGAAACUUUCUUGCCACAUGGGAUCUCUUCUCUCGCAUUCAUUCUGCAUUUCUUGACCUUGAUGCUUACACCUUUACGCCGGUUCUCCGUGCAUGCUCGGCUUUGCCUGACACGAAGUGUGGCAGACAAGUCCAUGCUUUAAUGAUUAAGACAGGCACGGAUUUGGGAACUAUAACAAAAACUGCAGUAAUGGAUAUGUAUUCAAAAUAUGGGUGCUUGGGUGAGUCAGUUAAGGUCUUUGAAGAAAUGGAAUUCCGGGACGUUGUGACUUGGAAUGCUUUGGUUUCGAGUUUUCUUAGGCAUGGUCUUGCUAAGGAAGCGCUUGGUGUUUUUAGAGCAAUGAGGAGGGAGAGUGUGGAGAUAACUGAGUUCACACUGUGUUCUGUGCUUAAGGCUUGUGCCUUUAUUAAGGCUUUUCGACAAGGUAAGCAAGUUCAUGGCUUGGUCAUUGUGAUGGGUCGAGAUUUGGUGGUUUUAGGCACUGCUCUUAUUGAUUUUUACUCUAAUGUGGGGUAUAUUAGCGAAGCUAUGAAAGUUUUUUCUUGUUUGAGUUGCAGGAAAGAUGAGGUUUUGCGCAAUUCUUUGAUUGCUGGGUGUGUCAAGCAUAGGAGAUACGAGGAGGCGUUUUUAGUGAUGAGUACUAUGAGACCAAAUGCGGUUGCACUUACUACUGCUCUUGCUGCUUGCUCUGAUAAUUCAGAUUUGUGGAUUGGGAUGCAGAUUCAUUGCGUGGCACUGCGAUUUGGAUUUAUUGCAAAUACUCAAGUGUGCAAUGUGUUAUUAGAUAUGUAUGCAAAAUGUGGGAGAAUUUUGAAAUCCAGAUCAAUAUUUGACGGGAUCUGUCAUAAAACUGUUGUUUCUUGGACUAGCAUGAUAGAUGCAUAUGGAAGGCAUGGUCAUGGGGAUGAAGCACUCAAGCUGUUUAAAGAGAUGGGGCAAGAAGGAAGUAGAGUCUUGCCAAAUUCUUUGACACUUCUUGCUGUUCUAUCAGCAUGUGGGCAUUCAGGACUAGUCAAAGAAGGCCAAGAACUUUUUAAUUCUGCAAGGGAGAAAUAUGGUCUGGAUCCAAGUCAGGAGCAUUAUUCCUGCGUCAUAGAUAUCUUAGGCCGUGCUGGCCAAAUAGAAGAUGCAUGGUGCCUUUUUCAUGAUAUGGUUAAAAAGGGUAUAGGGCCUACAGCUGCAGUGUGGGCAGCACUAGUGAAUGCUUGUUGUCUUAACCUGGAUGUAUCUAGGGGUGAGUUUGCUGCAAAGCAUCUCUUGGAAUUAGAACCAAAUAAUGAUGGCAUUCAUGUGCUGGUUUCAAAGUUCUAUGCAUCCAUUGAUAGGUGGGAUGUUGUGGAGAGCUUGAGAAACAAUAUGAGGAAGAAAGGACUGACUAAAGUAUUAGGUAGUAGCUGGUUAGAUGUUGCAUGAAAUUGCCACUUAACUACAAAUUAGAGCAGAAAAGGGGUGGUUUGAACUUCUUGAUUUUGAUCAAAGAGCAGACUGUUAUUCAUCAAGAAGACUCAGAAAGUGCACCACUCUCAGGUCUGGCUUUUCCAUUAUUCUAUUUCCACGUGGAAGAUUUCCAUUAAAGCAAUUCAUAGAAGUGAUCAGAUGCAUCUGGUUAAUUACUUGACUGGUCUCGUUUUUGGAGUUUUGAGAUAACGGUGCAGGUUCGGAAAUUUAGUUUCUCAUUUCCAAAACAGUAUUUUUGAAACAAGUAGUCUCCAGACUUAUUCAGCACCUGGCUAACUAGAAUCCACAAAGUAGAGCCGAAUUCCUCUCAGGGCUAAUUACAGUUUAUUGGUGCCUAUCAAAUACUUGCUUCUUGUGAACCAUUCUGAAGGCAAAUAUAUCACAGAUCUCAUUCGUCAUCCAUUUUCCAUAAACAGAGAUUCCUGGCAACGAGGAGGAGAAAUGGAUUCUCUUUUGAAGAAUUUCAUUCAGGAUUUGCAGAGAAGACGCAAGGGUUCAAAGAUGCUUCAGAAGAUUCUGAGUAUACUACUGUUUUGUCAGAUUUGGGAUCUGUUUAAUUAGUUUAGCUCAUCAUUUCUGUCUUUUGUUUCCAGUUUCCGCAGCUUGCCGCUGUCCUUUUAAACUCUGCAUUGUCCCUGUCUGGGUUGCUUUGUUGAUCAAGUCAUCACUUAACACCCAAAAAAAAAAGAAGAAGAAAAAGACUUCCAUCGACGCUCUUUUACAAGGUUUUUCUUGCAAUUGGCCUCGACGCCUCCUUGUUAGAGAGCUUUCUAUGAACCUUCCUGGAACACACCGCACAUCUUACAUGCAUGUUGGAGCUAAAAACACCAAUAUCACACCUUCUUGGAACACACCGCACAUCUUACAUGCAUGUUGGAGCUAAAAAACCAAUAUCACUGACAACGUUUCCAAAUCCGCCACCCACAUAAUCUAUUGCUCAUAAAGAAGGGUUGAAUUUUUUGAUGCACGAGGUCACUAUCUCACCUGUGAGCUUUGAAAUUUUCUUCUCGCUUGUGGUUGGAAUGGAGAGUUGCACUUGAAAAAGUCCAGAAAGACAGAGCCAAGCAGCCGUUUCUUGAAAAGUCAGAGCUGCGAGAUAACCUUUCACACACCAAAAACAUACAAAAGAACAAAGAGCUCACCAAACAAAGACCAACUGGUUUAAAAAAUGCUACGCACGGUCGCUCAUGCAUGCAUCAGCAAAUCCUGUCUAUUCAUUUCGUGUAAACCUCACCAUAUGGACGGACAGGAUCCUCCCACAACUUUAUCAGCAUCUGUUCAUAGCAUUUCUCACUAAUCAAGCAACAAACACGUGGCCAAAUAUCUUAAAUUAAUCAGUAGGUCAUUGCUUUUGACUUGUUCAUUUUCGUCCACAAAGAAGUGCUCACCAACCACACCGAUUCUUCCAUAUAUACACACACAGUCCAAGUUCAUGUUAUCUUCCAGAGCAUUGAGCAUAUUACUUCUAUUAGGAUCAAGCCAUGUUGAGAGCAUUGAGCACAUGCAGGAACCAUGGGGGUUAUGAAAGGUUAGUUGACGAGCCUGUUAACAUAAGUCUAUUGGAUGGGAAGUUGAAGAGGGCUAAAAGCGUACCAGCUAGUGUUUUUGGCUCAUCAAAGUCACGAAAGUUGGGACCAGAACUGGCCCUUCAAAAUAUUUUUCCGGCGAAGCCUAGCAGCAGAAAGGUUAGCAAGAGUCAUCCACUGUUUAGUCUCUUCAAUAAUCGUAGAAAGAAGAAACCUACGGCUAGGCCAGAAUUUGCUAGGUACUUGCAGUAUGUGAAGGAAGGAGGGAUAUGGCUCUGAUCUGUCAAAUAUAUAUAUGCAUGGCCAUAGAUUCAUCAACAUUGAAGCAAGAAAAGGCAGUGCUGUUCGAUCAGCUUUCUUUUAUUUAGCUCAAAGAAGGGUGUAUUAUUCUAAGCAAACAAUGCUUUUGACAACCUGAGAUUUGGCAAUGCCAAAUUUGACAAAUCUUUUCACUUUUUGUACGAUCCAUUUGAUUUCACAGAAUUAGAAUUGAAAUGAAAGUUCUUGCUUUGUGUUCAA